AUGGUUGGAUCCCCUGCCACUAAGCAUCCCAACGGCGCCCGCCUCCUUGCCCUCGACGGAGGCGACGUCCGCGGCGUCGUCUCCCUCCUCAUCCUACAAGAACUCAUGCGCCGGAUCCAAGUGAGAAAGAAGCUGGAAAAGGAGCCUCUCCCCGUGGAUUACUUUGAGCUCGCAGCCGGAACCAGCACGGGCGGCAUCAUCGGCAUCAUGCUGUUCCGACUCCGCAUGACGGCCACCGAGGCCAUUGCGCAGUACGACAUCAUCGCCGAGGACGUCUUCAAGCCCAAGAUCUACGGUUGGAGCAUUGGGUUCCUCGGAGAUACGCUCUCGUCCUGGGUGAGUAACAGCAAGACCAUGGUGCAGAGCAGUCGUUUCGACGACGCGUCCUUGAUCACCGCCAUCAACAGAGUUGUAGAUCUUCACGGCUUGGAUAAGGACGACAAGCGGUUGAAGGGGGAGGCUCUGCUUCAGCACCCAGCGGCUGGCAAGUUGCUUGUGUGCACGACGGCCCAGAACAGAGGAGAAACGGUCCUGAUGAAGACGUACAAGAACACAAACCUGUACACCAGCUCGACAGUAAACAACCUCAUGAAGAGCCACGGAGACGAAAUCACAAUGAGCCUCGCGACGAGGGCGACCUCCGCCGCCCCGACGUACUUCCCCGAAGUCAAGUGGCCCGCGGGCGCAGAGAAGCCGCUCACCUUCUGGGACGGAGGUCUCUUGAACAACAACCCCGUCGAUCAGCUGUGGAACGCACGGUACGACCUCGUCCAGCCGGGCGAGGCACAAGAAGAAGACGAGGAGCCCAGGAUCUCGUGUGUGAUCAGUCUCGGUACGGGCUACAACAAGACCGAGUCGCCGAAUGAUUCUUGGUUCCGGCUCACGGGGGUGGCGGCGACGGUGAUGGCGUUUGCUACGAAUACGGAGGCCAAGGGGAAGGACUUUUCGAGGCAUAUGGCGGCGCUUAAUGGUAGGCAAAAGGGGGCGAAGACGGCGUAUAUUAGGUUCAAUCCGACGCUUGGAGAGAAUAAGAUUGGGCUGGCGGAUUAUACGCAGAUGAAGUUGUUGAAGAAGCUUGCUACAGAUUAUAUUAAGCAAGCCUCUGGGGAUAAAUAUUUCGAGCAAGCGGUUGAUGCGAUUUGCUGCUAG